UUCAUACAAGUCAAGACGUAUAAUUACAAAUAGUGUCAGAGCUGAAAGCCAAAAAAGAAAUUCAACAAUUUGGUAUUUUGACAUUGCAUGAUUUCAAUAUAUAUAUAAGGUCGGACGAGGUAUUCACUGACUAGCGAUGAACGCAGUGAUCACGAAGAAACAAAAAAACACAAUUAUGAUAUUCGGGGGGAUUACAGGCGUUUUUGGCGUUGUCGCUGGAGCCAGCGGUUUAUAUUUGCGUGAAAAAUACUUGAUGUUAGAACAAGAUUGGGAUGUCGAUUCUAUACCUGGAUUUACAAAAGGUUAUUUCGGGUGUAUGUCGGGAUUUCUUUUAUUCUUAAUGGGAACUGUUGGUUUCAGUCUUGUUUACACACGAAUGUCGUGUUUGGUAUUUAUUUAUUGGCUCCUGUCGUUGUCAUGUGAUACGUUGGCUGUUCUUGAUGCAAUGAUGGUGCUACCAUUCACGAUAGAGAACGGGGACUAUGCCUGGAAAAAACCAUAUUGUUACAAAAAUGAAACUGCCGACAACUUUGCUGCUUGGAAUCAAACAAAAACCACACCUUCAAAUCUGGAUUUCACUCAGGAUUAUUGCUCUCAUAUUAAAGAAAUCUCUAUGUUGUUAAUGGUGGUGACGAUAACAGUGUUGACGUCAUUACUUUUUUCUUCUUUGACAACAUUUAUCACAAGUGCUGCGUUGUGUAGAGCACGCUCGAUUGCGGAAAGUGCACAAGCAGCAAUACAACUCGCUCCAUUUUCUCAACCCAAUGACUUUCAACCCAUGAGUUUUAACAACGUUGUAUACCAAUCAGAUGGUUUCAAGAAAUGAUGUUUGACAGCGUUCUACUUCGGACGAGCUCGAAUAAAAAAUACACAAUGGAUAGUGAUUUUUCCAAUCUUUCUUUUCAUUGCUUAAAAGAAUCCAUAGAGCUACGAUUGAUACAUAACAAUAGAGAAAAAUAACAUUAGUUUAUAGAAAACAAAGAAUUAUGUUCGCUAAAUAAAUAUGACCCGGCCCCUUUAUAAUUAGUUGAAAAA